AUUUGUGAAUCGUGAAUCACAUUAGUGUGCGAGAUAAAUCGUAGAGGAGUGCACUUCGGAGGUAUACAGGAGAUUCAAGAUGGAAGACGGUGACAAUAAAGUGGAAAUUGAAUUAGGUAAAGAUAGGAAGUCAUAUGCCGGUAUACCGGAGGCUGAUUUUGUGGACGAUGUCGAGGCUUUUAUGGCAAAGCCAGAAAACGAUUCUGUGGACAAAGUACUCAGAAAGCUGGACGAGAGCCAUGGAAAAUACAAGUUUAUGGAGUUUAACCUAGUCAACAAACGAAGACGCUUAAAAUCACAAAUACCAGAUCUCGAAAGAUCUUUAGAGAUGAUCGAGAAAUUGCAGAUUGAGAAGAGUACCUUAGAAACGCAAUUUUUAUUAUCAGAACAAGUUUACGCAAAAGCCAUAAUACCACCUACCGAUAAAGUGUGUUUAUGGUUAGGCGCUAAUGUCAUGCUAGAAUAUACCUUAGAUGAUGCCCAAGAAGUGCUGACCAAAAAUAUUGAGGCAGCCAAGAAGAAUUUAGGAUAUGUAGAGCAUGAUCUAGAUUUUGUUCGAGAUCAAUAUACUACUGUGGAAGUAAAUAUGGCACGUAUCUACAAUUGGGAGGUGAAGCGCAGACAAGCAGCAAAACCCACAUGAAAUUAUUAAUCUUAUUCGUACUCGGAUCUGCCUAAAGUCAAGAGAAUAUCUUCUACAUUAGAAUAAAAUUUGUCAAUACACAGCACACUAUUGAAAUUCGUGGAAGACUUAAAAAUGAAUUGUAACUUCACAUACUAAUAUUUAUAUACAUAUUAAAAAUGUCUACAUUUUUGUAAUUGAUUGUAAAAAUGUUAUCUUUUAUCUGUUGCAAAUUGAUUUUAUUUGCAAUACAUCUAUAUUACCCAAGUCCUAAUAAAACAAUUCCACUUUGAUUAAAACAAAAGUAUAAAUGAUAUAAAUGAUAAGGCAAUAAAUGAUAUUACAUUUAAGAAUACAUGUAUUGUAAUAAACGUAAAAGAAAUA